AUGCUCAUUCGACUACUCGCCUUGGUUUAUGUAUUUCACGUGUUGGAGGUCUCCCGGGGAGAAACUCUCAAGCUCGAGCUCAAUUACGGAUAUAUGCGUGACUAUGGCUUUGGAUUGUUUACUUUGGUCGUCGCGGAUGGCAAGCGCCUACAUACUCUCGUUGACACUGCGUCGGACUCCUUCAUUCUCAUCUGGAAGAGAUGGUUAGAGCAAGCUAGUGGACUUCCCUGCAGUGCUUGGCUCAUGGGGUGUUACAAAUGUUCGAAGUCUUGCUUGAAGGGUAAAGUGACGAAAGUUAUUAGUUUCGAAGACGACUACAUGGUGCACAUCGUUGAACAUAAAGCGAAAUUGACGCUGGGUCAGGUGUCACCGAUCCUCACUUUCGGACUGAUAUUCGGCCAGAAGCCUUCCAUCAGUGAAGUUGCUCCGUCUAACUCGAUGGGUCUCGGCUAUGAUAAAGGCGAUGUGAACUUCCCGUCUCUGAUGACGCAGUUGCUAGCAUCGAAAACUGUAACGACGGGCACCUUUGCUCUCUACUUGUCUCCUCCCGCUGAUCCCUCACAUAAUUACGCUGAUGGAGGCCUACUCCUGGGUGGAGGCGAUCCUGCAUUAUAUGAAGGUGGACUGAAGUACGUCGACUUCACUUCGGACAAACAUUACAUGGUAAAUCUUGACAAGCUACAAGUCGGUGAUGGACAUAUAACUCCUGGCAUCAAUAUGGAGUUAUACCUCGACACCGGCUCCAAUAAUCUAUACGUCCCAAAAUUAUACUAUAACGGUCUCAUUGAGGAGAUCAAAGCUCAAACUGACAAGGCUGCGGGUACGCAUGUCGACUUCACGUUCCAUACAGAGGAUGAGAUGUGGCAAUUCCCCUGCGAACACAUUAGAAAGUUGCCACGGUUGAGGUUUGGCUUGGGCCCUAAUGGCGUAACUCCAUUUACGAUGACAUACAUGAACUAUGCCAGGAAUAUAAGUAAUGUUUGUGCACUCCUGAUCUCGGAGGACGAAGGGGAUUAUUGGCUUUUCGGCGAUCGUAUGCUUAUCGGUAAUUAUUUUGAGUUCGACCCUACUUCCAAACGAGUCGGGAUCGGGAAGUUGAAAUCGUGA